AUGGAUAUCGCCAUUCACCAUCCCUUGAUCCGCAGACCCCUGUUUUCCUUCUUGACACCAACACGUAUCUUUGACCAGAGCUUCGGAGAGCAUCUCUCAGAGUCUGAGCUGUUCCCUACCUCGGGCGCUCUCAGCCCUUUCCUGCUGAGAUCCCCCUUCCUAAGGACACCCAGCUGGCUAGAGACGGGAUUCUCAGAGCCCCUUGGUUUGCAGAUGCGACUGGAGAAGGACAAGUUUUCCGUAAAUGUCGACGUGAAGCAUUUCUCUCCUGAGGACCUAAAAGUCAAGGUUUUGGGGGAUGUGAUCGAGGUCCAUGGGAAACACGAGGAGCGCCAGGAUGAGCAUGGCUCCGUUGCCAGGGAGUUCAACAGGAAAUACAGGAUCCCAGCGGAUGUGGAUCCUCUGUCCAUCACCUCAUCCCUGUCUUCGGAUGGAGUCCUGACAGUGAAUGGACCAAGGAAACAAACCGAUGUUCCCGAGCGCACCAUUCCCAUCACCCGCGAGGAGAAAUCUGCCAUCGCAGGGGCCCAGAGGAAGUAG